GCUGAGCUUAUUGCAUAGGCUACUUCUAAUCUAUUCAUUGCGUAUGCCUACUUGUAAUUCUCGUGUGGAUAUGAACACGAUGAUGGGUUUUCUGCUUGUGACACUUGCAAUGGGAUUAUUAUGCGGCGCUUCGGACACUGGUGGAUGCUUUCCAGUGGAGCACGCCUGCAAGGUGUUACGCAGGCACUGGCGACACCCACAACUGCCGCAGCGUAACCAGCUACCACCGAUGCCAGUAUCAAGUUGCCCUGAGUUCAAGCUCCAAUCGUCAUCCGGCAUUAGUAACCGCUCCCUCUCGCCCUGGCGCUACAGGAUAGACGUGGAUAAAACCAGGUACCCGGAGGAGAUUGCGAUGGCUGAGUGCCUGUGCGCUGGCUGUGUCAUAGACGGAAAGGAGAACAGGGAAUACAACUCCUUUCCAGUCAGUCAAGCUAUGAUGGUCGUUCGGAAGAAGGAGUGCUCUGAAAAAGGCCGAUAUUCCUUUAAAACGGAAAUGAUCCAAGUACCAGUUGCAUGCACCUGCCUGAAUCCUAAGUCUGCGUAAGUCUUCAGAAUAAGGGCAUUCAUGACUAACUCUUUAAAAGAGUGAUAAAAGAAAAAAAAGUAGUGACAUGUUUCACGUUUUGUUGUGUUUGUUCUAAAAUGCAAACAAGUUACUAACUAAUAACACUAGGACUACUGCAUAUUGGGUUGCCGAUAGCAGAUGUUUUACAUUAAAAUAAGAAGGAGGCUAUACCUGAAGGCGUCUUAUCUUGGCGCUUCUGUGAUAGCGGUUUCUUUUCAUACAUAUUUAAAUUAUUUAUUAUGCAUGUUAUUAUUUAUUGGUGUAUAGGCCUACAUUUGCUAUUUGUAUUUUCUAUUUAUCAACAUUUGUUUGACAACUUUUCCUAAACGCAGCCUGUAAAUUAUGGGCAAUAUUGUUGAAGUUGUCAGAUUGGUUAUGGUUUUCAUGUUCUCCUCUUGUGACACUUAAGCUAUAUGUGUAUAUCUAUGUUAAUAAGAUAUGUUAAUAAAAACAUUUGUUAAUAUAUUGUGGCAUUUAAUUAAAUAGCCUACACCAUUUGGAUCAUCAUGGUUUUGCAUCCAUCAUGAUGCUAUACUCUUGCUAUACGUUUUUUGCUGUUUACUUUAAGAGAUGUAUUACUUACAUGCAAAGUUACUGAAAGUUGAUCACCUCCACAACAGCAAUACUUGAUGAAUUGAAUGAUUUUGGCUACUUGUAAUAGGGCCUAGUACAUACUGAAGUGGGAAAUAACCUUUUUCUGUGUGUUUGAGGCCUGCUUUCACUCUCUCUCUGUCUCUCUCUCUCUCUCUCCCCCCCCCCCACACACACACACACACAAACACAUACACACAGUUAUAGUCUCUUUAUCUCUCUCUCUCUCACACACAUACACAUAGUUAUAGUCUCUUUAUCUCUAUCUCUCACUUCUUUGAUGAUCUCAUGUGCUGCUUACACAAACUCCCCAUGGGUUACAGAAAUCAUUGAUUGUAUUUGAUCUAUGUGUCAUUAGAAGUUGUAUGUGGGGUAUUACAUUGUGUGCUACUCAGUGCCUGAGAACAGGUGCUAUUCAGAUGGGAACUCUUUCGCUAAGCAAGAUUUACUCACAAAAUGUGUUCUUUCAUUUAUGUGUUAUAACUGCCUGAUUGUUCUCUUCAUCGGAUGUACUUCGUGUUGACACACCAAAAUGUCAAGCAUGAUAUUGACCUUGAUACCUGCAAAGGUCAAUCAUUGUACUAUACUGGUUGAUUCCUGUAAUAAACGUUGAAGCUUGUGAGCACA